AUGGUGAUGAAAACUGGUCAAGCGAUCGUCCACGGCUACCGUUUUGAUCAGCCGGCGAUGGACGACAUUUUUCGUGCAUCCCCUGAACCAGGAAGUUAUUAUAGGUGUCCUGUGUCAACUCCUCUUCAUGGAAAGAGAUCUACACAGCAGAAGAUACCCGAAAGUGUGACAUUCGUGUCUCUCGAUUUCAGCCAGGUGAAGAGUUCACCUAAACAAAAUGUUUACAAAGGAAUGCCAGCUGGAAAGAAAGUUGUUCCACGUCGGAAAAAUAUGGACUAUUAUUAUGUUGAUAAGUCGUUCCAGAAACGAAUAGCACGACAGUCAAAUACGUCGUGGUUAAAAGGACUUUGCGCUCAACCCGUUGAAGAAAUCUUUACAAAAUACAGAAGACAAAGCGAGUUAAAGCGACAACACACAAUGUUGACACGGAGCUUCUCUACCCCUGGGGAAAAGGCUAUUGUAGAGGGAUGGGAAAGCAACAGUUCCAAACGACUGAACUCUGCUACAUCCCGUUCCUCAGUGUUUUCGCUCACUACACAAGACACUGUCACACCAUCUCUAGAGGUCGUGUCUAAACCAUACCGCCAUCACAGCUCAGAGGAAGACGUCACGCGCAGCAGUAGCCGUGUAGACGCCAAUCAGCAUCUGACGUCACCAGGAGAUACUCCUCGCGAAUCGGGUUCAGUGUUCACAAAUUCCACACCAGCACAUCCGCAGAAUAACAUUUCGAGGGAAAACACGUCUUUGCGACUGAAUAUUAGCCCCGUGGUUGGCAAUGACUUCUAUGAACAGUUUAAACGACAGUCCUCUAAACUUCCAGAUAUAUACAACAAGAAAAAUAACUAUUCUUUUCAAAGCAGACAACGAAAAUACUACAGUAGCCCAAACCUCUAUUCAAGUCCACGAGAACAAUCACCGACAUUCAAAGGAGGUUUGGCGCCUGCGCAGAAGUUAGAGACUUCCAGUACCCUUAACUGUUCUCUAUGUGCCUGGGACGAAGGCUCUGACUCAUAAUGUUCAUCUCAAAUGAGCUGGAUAAAACAGAUUUGUGAAGACGUUAUGUAGUUUUCUUGCUGAAAGAUGCUUCAGUUAACGGCCCUGGUGUUGCAAUACAGUAAACACCUCACUAUGUGACACACAUUUUGGAAAUGUCAAUUAUGACGCUUUUUCAAGUGAAGAAUCUCUUAUAUAUCAAUAUCACUCAUUCUUAAUGAGCAAAGUUAAACACAUGGCCUUGGAACAGAAAAAGGAGAACAGAGUUAAUUAUUUGAGCUUUUCAU